CGCAGCUCCGGGCCCCGCGGGGCAGCCGGGGCGGGGCCCUCCCGGUGCGCCCGGAGCGGCGGCCCCCGAGCGCCGGGGCCGGGGCCGGGGCCGGGGCCGGGACGAUGCUGUUCUCGCUGCGGGAGCUGGUGCAGUGGCUGGGCUUCGCCACCUUCGAGAUCUUCUUGCACGGCCUGGCCCUGCUGGUGUUCUCCGUGCUCCUGGUGCUCAAGGUGGACAGCGAGGCCUCGGCGCUCUCCUGGUGGGUCGUCUUCGUCCCCUUCUUCGCCGCCGACGGCCUCAGCACCUACUUCACCGCCAUCGUCUCGGUGCGGCUGUUCCAGGACGGCGAGAAGCGGCUGGCCGUGCUGCGGCUCUUCUGGAUCCUCACCAUCCUCAGCCUCAAGUUCGUCUUCGAGAUGCUGCUGUGCCAGAAGCUGGUGGAGCACACGCGGGAGCUGUGGUACGGGCUCAUCAUGUCGCCCGUCUUCAUCCUCCUGCAGCUGCUCAUGAUCCGGGCCUGCCGCGUGAACUGAGCCCGCAGCCCCGCGCCAGCCCUGCCUGGCACACCCCGGCUCUGCGGGGACCCCAGCGCCGCUCGGGGGCUUUCCCCCAUCCUGGGUUCUGGACGGAGGUUUUGGGUGCGGGUGCAGUGCUGCGAGAGGCAGGGCUUGUGACAGCGUGCGGUCACCUUGUACAUAGCUUUGUACAUAUCCUUCUUCAGAAGAUCCUUUUGCAGCGUCAUUAUUUCAGGUUCACGUAGUCCUUGGUAUUAGUCUUAAAAUAUCGCAAUGUGCAGGCACUGUCUGGUAUGCCGGUUAUUUUAUUUUAAAAUAAAAGUGUAUGGAAGGAU